GUAAUAGCGAUGACCUGCUAUGACCCAGCUGCUGUUGUUUUUCGUAUUUGCAACGAUCACCAAUUUUAUCCUGGGCAAAUACACCGUUUUUGACGGAUUUUGAAAACCAAUCUUCAGAAUGUCACUUUCUGGGACCUUAUCCAAUGUGGAAAAUUUCUCGCCCCAUGUAAUCCGUCAGAUAGUGAAGGAGAUUGCAGAUCUGAAGUCGUCUCCGCCUGAAGGCAUCAAGGUGUUUCCUAGUGAUGAAGACAUAACUGAUAUUCAUGCUGUCAUUGAAGGACCAUCUGGAACCCCCUAUGCAGCUGGGCAGUUUCGAAUCAAGCUGGUGUUAGGUAAAGACUUCCCCAAAGCUCCUCCUAAAGGCUUCUUCCUCACCAAGGUGUUCCAUCCCAAUGUAGCCAGCAACGGAGAGAUCUGUGUCAACACACUCAAGAGAGACUGGAAGGCUGAUAUGGGUAUCAAACAUCUAUUAUUGACUAUCAAAUGCCUACUUAUCUACCCCAAUCCUGAGUCAGCGUUGAACGAAGAGGCGGGCAAGCUGCUACUAGAACAGUACGACACGUACUUCUCACGAGCCAAGAUGAUGACCGAGAUCCACGCGCAGCCGCACCGAACCUCCAAAGAAUCGCGGGAGAAUGAGGAUUCAAAUCCCUCCACGUCGGGCAUUAAUUCACAGCACGGACCAGCCGCAAAGAAGCACGCGGGCGACAAGAAGGUGGCUUUAGCGGAGAAGAAGAAAAAAGACAAAAAGAGAACAUUGAAGAGAUUAUGAUGUAUGCCAAAUUGAAAUCGCCAAUUUCCCGGAAAUUU